CGCAAAGGCUGUGCAACUCACCCUCCACCUCUCUCAGAAUACAUGUGGAGAGAGAGUGUGUUUUUGGAUGUCAAACAGACAUAAAACUUUUAUUAUAAAGGGAAUUAGAUCCACGAGUGCUUUUAUUCUCCCAUCUCCAAAACGCAGCCAGCGACUCCCGUGGACUAACUUCCUGCAUGUGGCUGUCGCUACACCGGGGAUCCUGAGACUGUCCAAUGCGCGCCUGUCCGUGGAUGGUGCGUAAUAAUCAUCUGGAGAGGCCGAGGCCGACAUUUUACCCCGGUCCGGAGGAGCCUUAACUCCGAAGGGGACAUCCGAGGACACGCUAUAAGGCUGUAGGCUGAGAGCUGCAGGGCUGCGACAUGUGAGAGGAGCUCAACCCCUUCACCCUCUCAACUCUCAAACUCGGCAGAAUUCACUUGCACCUACGUUGCGACCGCGACCUGACACCCUCCUGCCUCGGGCAUGCCUCAGCCGGGCAUGAAUGGGAUGGAGCCUGCGUUUGGCGAGGCCUACGGGGGGCACAGGGGUCUGUUGAGCCCCUACCCUCUGGCCAUGUCACCACAAGGGGGCCGGACCGAGUACGACCAGAGCGUGCUCCUCAUGCUGGGCUCCCCGGCAUCGCCAAGGAAACGGCCCUUUGAGUUGCUAAGCGACCUGGUGGACGACGGGGGCUUCGGCGAGGACCUGCUGCACCCCGAGCGCUGGGACGUUUCGGCGCUGGACGAGAUGGCCCGAUACACCAGGCUGGGCCUCGGGGUGGGGGGGGAGCUGCUGGCCUGCUCCGAGGAGGCGGUGCUGAUGAACCGCUGGGGGAGGAGCCGCGAGGAAGAGGAGGAUGAGGAGGAAGAAGAGGAGGAGGUCGCACAGGAGGUCCAGGCAGGGAGGGAGGAAGGGCGGAUCCCUGUUACAACCCAGAGGGAGUUAAGUGUUGCCGGGAACGAGGGGGGAGUUUCCAAGGAGGUGUAUCAGGUGGCACAGGAAGAAGAGGAGGCGGCUGCGGCAGGAUUGGCGUUGGAGCAUUGCAGCGAAGAGCAUAACUACUCCCUGAGCCAGGGGGAGGAGCUGGGGGCGGGGCAUAACAUCCCCCAGACAGAGGGGGAGGAGGUGCAGGAGGAGGUGCAGGGGGGAAUGGAGAAGAGCCAGGAUAAGACUGAGCUGGACGAAGAGGAGGAGGAAGAGGAGGAUGAGGAAGAGGAGGACGAGGGAGCGGAGGAGACAGCGGUGGAAGCUGAGCUCUCCAGCUCCUCAGAAACUGAAUGUGAGGUGGAGGCGGAGCCUGUGAGGCAGCCUGGCGAGCGUCCGUCGAAGCGUCGCUGCUUCUGGGAAUACCGCCGUGCUCGAGAGUCAGCCACCAAGAAGAAGCUGGGCGGAGACGUUCACUGGUCUCUGUCCUGGAGCUCCAGCACGCUGCCCAGCACCCUGUACCGCAGAGAGGGUAAGAAGGGGCGCCGCAAAGCUCGCAAGACGGACGCCAGCGACCUGACGCCGAACCCCCAGAAGCUGCACAACAUCGGGGAGCAGCUGCAGAAGCUGAACGCCGCCAUCGACGGGAUGGGCCCCGUCAACGAGCUGCCCGCCGUGGCCCGGGCUCGGUCCCGCAAGGAGAAGAACAAGCUAGCCUCCAGGGCCUGCAGGCUGAAGAAGAAGGCUCAGCACGAAGCCAACAAGAUCAAACUGUGGGGGCUCAACCAGGAGUACGAGAGCCUGUUGGGAGCCCUGCUGCGGAUUAAAGAGGUGAUCCGGCUGCGGGUGGAGAGCAGCGAGGAAGAGGAGGAUGAUGAGCGAGGUAUGACCCAGCGGCUGGAAGACAUCCUGCGAGAGUCCAGCGGUCCUUUAGUCGCUGGGCGGACCAAAGACUUUGUGCAAAGGAUUUUGGCGGCCAGUGCGGGCGGCCAGAUCCAGCGCAAAGAGUCUCCGCGGGGGGGGGAUGAGGUGGAAGGCUAAACUCACCUAAACAUCCCGUCUCUCCACCUUCCUCCUCCAUCUUUCCACGCCUUGCACCAACCAACCAACCAAGCAGUCUGACCUGAGGAGCUGCCCCUCUUCCUCUCCGGCUGUACAGGGAGGAAGAGGAGGGGGAACAACAGCAUGGUUUCCAACAUCAGGCCAGACCUGCUGCUGCUGCUGACGUCUCUGUAUUCUGUGUGUGUGUCUGUGUGUAUGUGUGUGUGUGUGUGUGUGUGUGUGUGUGUGUGUGUCUGUGUGUCUGUGUGUGUGUGUGUGUGUGUGUGUGUGUGUGUGUGUGUGUGUGUGUGUGGACAUGUAUAUACAUCCAGUACAAGCGUCGUCCCCCCCCCUGUGUGCUGUAUUUGUUUCCCAGUGUGCCUAUGAAUAGACAUUGCACUGUUUUCGUAGAUGGUCUUAGUUUUUAUUCGGCAGGGGGGGCCGGUAGUGAGGCGAGGGCGCGGGGGGUGCAUCUAAGGAUAAGAGGAAGUGCACAAAAUAAGGAAGUGGGAGGAGCGUGAGCCUGCAAGACAAAGAAGCGGGUGUGUGCUUGGUCCCACAGAAGCACUUCAUACCAUUGGGAUUGCAUCAGAGAAACGUCGGUAAGAAGUCCUGAAGCCAGAGCAGCUGGUGAUGGAAACAACCGGCUGUUUGUUGUGGGGGGAAAAAAAAGUCCCUGCAGCUUUAAUCCCGAAACUUAACCCCCUCCCCCAACCUUCACCCCAUCAUAAUGAAAGUUAAAGAGAAAAAUGCACCUUAAUCCAAACUGACCAAAGAUACUGCUGAAGCACUCUGACACCAAACUGCUGCCAUUAACACUUCCUUCUGUCCUGCUACGUGAGUAUCCUGUUUGCCCGCAAGCGUCCUCUAAAGCAGUCGUUUUCAACCCGUGUGCCGUGACAGAUCGUCAGGUUAGCUGUGGAAAAUUGUCCAAUUUCACUUAAUGGGUCCAAAAGAGUACCAUUUAGUUGCUGCUCCAACCGUUUCAUGGUCCCGAGUUCACUGAAAAAAAGUUGACUCUGAUUAAAUGCACUUUGUCAACAAAUAUCACAUAGUAUACGAAAGCAAUACUAUUCAGUUCAACCCAUUGUGUUUUAUUUCAACUAUUGCUUUCAACUAACCUGUUACAGUUGUGUGGAAUCUAUUAACAUAAUACAUCUAAUUAAAGUCAAUGCUUGUAUGGAUAUCUGACAGAGACAAGAGGUCGCCAUUUAAUCCAAACUGGGCGACAUCCACCAAGACAAAGACACCUCCCUCAUGUCUGUUCAGCAAACGUGCAGCUACAGCAGGUUUAGCUUAGCUUAGCAUUAAAGAAAUGGAGGGAAACAGCUAGCCUUGCGCUGUCUGAUUGCUACAAAAUCCAACUACUCAAGCUCACCGUUUUUUUCUUGACCAGUAGCCAUUGGUUCAUUGAGUCUCCACACAGGCAGAGGUGUAAGUUAACUUUAGAGGCUAGCUGUUUCCAGUCUUAGUUCUGUGCUAAGCUAACUAUCCGAAUGAUAUCCAAUUAGCAAUUCUGACAUUUGAUCAGUGGCGGUGACGUGCCAAAUCCAAAAGAACAACAUAACAUUUGGAUCAGUAUUUUCAGUGCCUCUCACGAAACACCUGUAGCUUUAAAACAAGAGCAGGGACUAUUUAAUGUUAACAAACUGAGAAACUGGUCACUUUUAAUGAGAGAGAGAGCGACUCUCAAAGCUGCUCAGGAGCUGAACUCUUAGCCAUAUUGAGGGACGUGUCAUGAAAUGAUCCUUAUACAUGUAUGUGUUUGUUUUUUUUAUGAACGUGAAACAUGUACCACGGCUCAAAGGUGGAAAACACUGCUCUAAAGGAUGACAUUGCUGGACUUUUAAAAUCCCUUCUCCUUAAAUGCACUACUACGGACCUGAGAGCAGCGGUGUCACAGACAGGAAAUGACUGACACUUUAUUAUUUUGUCUGCAGCUCUUUUAUUAAUCACUGGCUUUAUGUUUGUAACCCGCUAAAGGGAAGUGUCCUCAAUGCCUCCCCCAAGCCCUCCCCUCAACCCCUGACCUGAUUAUGUAGCGCACCUUCCUGAAUUGCAAUGACGAAUAGAGAGAAACACUUGUAGAUCUAGAAAGCAAAUAAUUUGUUUUUUUACUAUAAUUAUUUUCUUGUUAUUCGGCCCACACAGUGGGUGUCAGUCUUUUGAACUCUGCCUUUCUUCUGUGGUCUUUGCUGAAGCUGUAGACCAACCUGUCCACGGUCUCUAAAUGUUGUUGGACGUUAAACACAAAGUAAAGGACCCUUUGAAUUGCACUGUGGUAAGAGCAACUAAGCACCUUUUCAAAAAGAGUGCUUCAGGUCCUCCCGAAGAGGAAAAGGACUCUUUAGUCGGCACCUUUUUGUCUCAAGACAGAUAUUGAUUGAGAGGCUUCGUGACGUCUCGGUUUGUUUCGGUGCUACUGUACGAUGUUAAAAAUAAGAAGCAAUGCAAACUGAGCGUCAGGCAUCAGGCAGGAACAGCUGACUGGGGUUUGGCCUGCGAGCACGUCCUGUUGUAAUAGGUAGUUUGCAUAAUGACGCCUUUCUGAAGUGCCUGGAGCUUAGAGCCGCAGGGACCUGUGUUAUUAUGCCUGAUCUUAAACCCUAUUACAAGGUAAAGAGUAACCCAUGACUACUGCUCCCAGCCUGGCCUCACUUGACUCUGAGAGAAAGGAAAAAAUAAAAAGCAGGCCCCGUAUUUAGCCAAAUAAAAGUCAACCAAAAUAUUUCCCUUGCAGAUUAAAUCCUAUACAUGGAGCUGGCACGGGUUUCUGUGAACAUCAACUCUUGAACUAAAUGUCAAGGAACGGCUUUUCCUGUUUUGUUUCUAACCUUGACAAGCUCCAAUCUAGGCUUCGGUCCAAAGCUCCACAACGUGCUGGUCCUCCUAUGGAAACUCCACUUCCUGUCCCUCAGUCAGCAGAGAAACUUUAAACCCUUCACCUCAUCGAGGUCUUGCUGAAAAGCUGUGGACACAACAGUUGGAGGCAGAUUGUUUCUGCAGGUCUUUUCUUGGAAAUGUGGCUCAUGAGUAGAGUAAUGUAAACAGAGGGUUGUUCGGCUGGAGGAGUUUCACGGUAGCGGUCCGCUGCCCUGAUGCCAGAGACAGAUAGCAGCAGCACGAGGCUCUGAUCGAGAGGACGUUAGGGUUGUUUGAUGUGGGGUUAUAUGAGGUAUGUGCUGAGGACAGAGGCAACAGCAAAAACUUAUUUCAGCCACAUCAAAAGACUUAUAUUUACUGAUUAAAUUACAGGCCUUGUUCUUCUGCAGUGGACUGUCUAUCUUUUUAAUUUAUACACAGACAGGUUUUGGCUCAUUGAAAACAAAAGUCUGUGCCGAAGUUCAAUCCUGUUAAAUAAUAAAUAAAACAAAACAUAAAACGACAGAGCAAGUCCAUCUGGUGGCAUUGAAAAGAGAGUACAUGGAUAUAAAACUGCUUCGGUUCCUGGGGUGAAAUGGCUGUUUUGUGGCAAAAUCAGGCAGCGAAAAUGAUCCAAAAAUAGACGACCCUUUAACUCAUUUGUUCUGAGGUGUCUAAUAUGUUUUGCUGCUGCCCUCGUUCACAAAACGUUGAUUUACGUUCUUGCUCGUAAGCCAAACUGGUAAUACACUGAAUCCAGUACUUCAUACAACCCCACUUCAAUAGAAUCCGUUCCAUCCCUUCACCACAUAAUCGUGGUCAAGUUUACUUCCGAUCAUUUACAAGUUUGAGAAAACUCUGCUCUCUUUCUGCUGCUAAGAAGGUUUCUACCUCCUUCCUCUUUCUCUCGAGGCUCGGGAAGCUGAGGCUCUUGCGCUCGCUGCAACAACUAACAAACAAACAAACAAAGAGAGGAAACGGCAGAAAACAAAUGUACAUAUCAGUGAAGACUCAAAUGUUCCCAUCUGUCACUUCAGUGGAGGCUGGGGUCUCCGGGUUUAGGAGCGAUCCCACUUUGAAUGCAUAAGUUCGUCCUGAUGUUUUCCCUCCUCCAGAGUGGUGUUAUGUAACACUAAACACCAUCUGCUGUGUGCAUGCAUCUAUAUGCCAAAAACAGUUGAGUUUCUGCAACAGAUACAAGGGGAAAAAAAGACAAGACGCUGGAUUUAAUGCAACUAGUGAGCUGGUGUAAGGGCUUUGGUUCCUUCUGUAGCAUUAUUCCUCUUUGAAUACACGCUUUUGUACCCUGGAAGAUCCCUUUAACUGUAAAGCUUUAAUGGGUGUGCUGCCAGUUUUUGGCAAAGCCACGUCUUUCCGCUCACAUUCCUGACUCGCUUUCCCAGAACAGUUUCUGUUUGUGUACCUGGAAACAGGAGGCGGAUUUAGUAAGGGGAACGACCCCAAAGAUGUCUGCUGUUCGGUCACGUCUCCGUGGUCAUUAUGCUCAUUACAGGCUGAACCAGGAAUUGAUUUAAAAACACCGAAAAUGAUGCCAAGUCUGACCUAAUGACGAUGACUCUGCAGAAACUGGAUCAUCUUAUCAGUCACUUCCUCUUCGGAGACGUAAACACUCCUGAAGCUUUUCGGCCUUUCUGAGGAAGUGAAAGAGAAAGCUUUUCUGUCCUCAGAAUGAAAGUUGGAUGCACCCCAGCUGCUGGCAGACAGAGGAGAUUUAGCUAAGCUACUUCUGUUUAGUGUUUAAGUAAAGCUGCUAAAGAAGUGUUUUCAACCAUUAACUCAAUUCUGGUAUCAUUUGGCUGUGAUCCAUCUUCUGUUAUUCACUGUCUAGGAUCACUAUUCAUCAUCUCAAGGACGUACUAAGUGGCUAUAGUGCUGAAGUCAGUCAAUUCAAUGCAAUAUCUACUGAACCCUGCUGUGUAUUGUUCCAAGGGUCCUUUGUUCUGGGGGUCUAUCUUUGCUUUUCGAAAUUGCACAAGCUCUGCAGGAGAUAGACGUUGCAAAAUCCAUUCAACCACUGUGGAGGUAUCUAUGUCUAAUGUUAAGAAAAGAGUCUUUCGUGCAGGUUUGAGGGUGAUUUGUAGAUUAACGUUCGUAGACUCUGAGCUAUACGAGGCUGAAUUGAAAAUAUAGAUGUAAGGAAAACAUAAAUUGCACAUUUGACUUAAAAAAAAGGAUUUCAGAGGACUUUAAAUCUUUGAAAGGCUUCCUUUAAUGUGUUGUAGUAUCUUCCUGGUUUAUUGCACUCAUUGUGAGUUGGAUAAAAGCGUCAUCUAAUUUGAAUGAAAUGUAUUUAGAGGAUUCAGUUAGCUUAGCUUUGCAUCAAGAUUAGAAAUGGAGGGAAACGGCUAGCCUAGCUCUCUGAGUGGUUAUCAGCAGGACUUGUUCUUGACCAGUAGCCAUUGGAGUCCCAACACAGGCAGGCAUGCAAGUUAGCUUUAUAGGCUAGCUGUUUCCAGUCUGAAUUCUAUGCUAAGCAAACUAUCCGAAUGAAAUCCAAUUAGCAAUUUGAUCCCUGACGGUGACGUGACAGAAGGUGAUGCAGCCAAAUCCCUCCAAAAAACAACAUAACAUUUGGAUUAAUAUUCAUUACUUACAUUAUUUCCUAGCUUUCCCACUCUUUUGUAUCUGAAUUGGCUGCGUUUUAUAUCCUUUUAUGAAUUGAAUAUCUUUGGGUGCUAAACCAACACAAGCACUUAGAAAGCCUUCCAUUGGAAGCUGAGGACUUACGAUGGACAUUUUCUCCAUCCAUUUUAUAAAAAAUUACCAACAAAUGAAUACAAUUCGUUGUAAGUUGCACCUUUUAAUUUGCCUGAACACAUCGUCCCACUUUGGACCGAUCCAUUACCAGUGCUGGUAAGAUAUGCAGAGUCUGAAACAGCAUGUUAAACACUAAGUUGUAAGACGUGGAGAGGUAGAGUGGUAGUGACGAUGACAGGGAGACACUGUCCUCCCUUGCUCUCCACCUGAAUAGACCCAUCAGUAAGCCACACUGGUGGGACGCUGCUGACCUCCAGGUGCCCACCCCCCUGCCUCGGCCCCCCGACAUUGUCCGAGACUGUCGAGCCUCUCCGGUUUCAAAGGCGACGGGCCUCGCCGUACAGGAGGCCUGGGGAACGGCACUUAGUCUCCGAAUAGUUUAUCUGAAACCUCUUAAUCUCCACCUCCUCUGUCGCACUCUGACAGCUGCAGAGGAGGAAGAGGAGGAGGAGGAGGAGGAAGAGCUCCUUGCGUCCUCUUUGUUGCUGACCUGGAAAACUGGAUUUGGAUGGGUUCAGUUUAGAACUGCUGGUGCUCGUUGAGCUUUGUAUCACUGAAGCUUCGGUGUGUGCCUCUCAUGUCUCAUCACUACCUUUAGGUCCAGUUUUAAGCUUCUGUUUCUGGGAAAUAUAAAAAAUCUCCGGCGAUCUUUGAAACCAAGAUGGUAUUUAAAAGUUUCGCUUUUUAAUAGAGUGGUGCAGUGAUGACGUAUUAUUGUAGGAUGACCUGGAAGUUAGCCUUUUAACGGCUCCUUCGACAAAAACACUAUUGGAUUUUCCCAUUGGAUUUCAGAAUAUUGCUGAAAAUAAGCUCUUUGGCAAACAAACAUUAAUGAUUUCUUUAGUAAAAAGCUAAUGUUGGGCUAUAAAGGAACUACAGCACGGUCACAUGGCUUCACGUCACCACCACUAAGCUAAAGGCGGCUAAUGUUGGGCAUGGUGACGUUUAGUCGCCUCAUUUAGACACUUGUUAGCAACCGCCGUGAUGUUGUAAAUAAAAACAUCUUCAGCUUGUGUUAACCAUACAACCUUAUUUAAGGCGUCUAACCAAAAACCAGAUCAAAAAACUCUCGACAAGAGGGAACAGGAAGUGGUAAAAGUCUAACUAAUUUCCGGGUUUUAGGACUCAUUCCUGCACAGCUUGAUGAGCAUUUAAACAUACACUUUUGGGGGGAAAUGGGUCAAAAAUGCUUUUAUUCUGCAGUGAACAGAAUAUUAUUCAGAUCCAAUUACACAGAAUGAUUUUUCUCUGGACAUUUUCGCUAUUUAAUUAUAUUUUAUAGACCAUGUGAUUGGCCGAGCAAUGGGCCGAUUAAUGUCUUUACAUCUGAAGCUACAGUCAGAUAUGCUAAAUUAGCUUAGCUUAGCAUAAAACUGCUAGCGUAGCUUUGUCCGAAUUCAACAAAACCCAAACACCAGCACCUCUGAAGCUCAUUGUUGCAUCUCAUUGAAUAAUUUAUUCUUCAGACACACAAUACAUGUUCAUAUUAAUGUAGCAGUGUGUGCUACAUGGUGCUAGCAUUUCCUGAGUGGAAAAAAGUCUGAGAUUUGAAUCGCAGAUGCUUCAGUAUCUCAAACUUAAUGAUGAAACAUGAGAGGCAACACCUCGUUGAUUUAAACCAAAACAGAGUCAGUGGUUUUUCAGAGUAAAACCCCCCAUGUCUGGGUAAGAAUGAAACGAUACUCUGGUAUUAAACGCAGACUUCCUGUGGAGAGCAUAAGGAGGGAAUAAUCACAUCCCUGCUGGUUCUUCAGUGAGGAGAGAGACGAGCAAACAUUCCACUUUAACAUGUCAUAUAAUGUACAGCAAACCUUUCUCUUUAGCCCUUUUCUGUCCGUCUCUCCGUAACCACAAUACUACAGUUAUACUUCAGACCUGUUAACACAUUAACACAUCUUUAUGUACAACUCCUUCGUCAGUAAGUAACCUUUUAAAAAGAAAAUACAAAAAAACAAAAAUACAAGAAGUGCCGUACAAAUAGAAGCCUAAUAUUUUCUGUUUUGGUUUUGUGUGAGUGUACUGUACACCUGUAUAAUGUAUAUUUUAAUAUUUAUAUGCAGCUGUUGUAUUAAAAGUAUAUUUUUAAAAUAAAAA